CCAAGAGAAGACGUGCAGAUGUGCUGUUGCUAGCCGCAUAGACCUCGUCCGACCGCCUACUUGCGUUUCCGGAAAACACCGAACCUGCUGAAGCUAGGCCCGACUGCAAGCGACAGCGACAAGAGCCUGCGGGCUCACUCCAUCCCCAACAUGGCGGACGCCUCGCACGACCAGCUCGUAGACAUCACAAGCCUGAUUGAGAGAGUGGGCUCCAUCUUCUCGCUCCUGGGGUCCUUCUUCAUCAUUGUCACCUUCUCCUGCUCGUCGGCGUUCCACCAGAAGCCCAUCAACCGCCUGGUCUUCUAUGCCUCCUUUGGAAAUGUCCUGUGCAACGUGGGCACGCUCAUGGCGGGGAGCUACACUAGAUUUCCUGGUUCCGUUGGCUGCCAGCUACAAGGUGCAUUGAUACAGAUGUUUAUGCCGGCCGACGCAUACUGGACUCUAGCCAUGGCGGUCAAUGUGUGGUUGACUUUCUACCACAAAGUCGACGCCAUAGGGCUCAGGAGGAUGGAGAAGUGGUACCUCCUCUUGUGCUAUGGAUGUCCCUUGGUCCCGGCGGUGGUGUUUGUGUUCAUCGAGAAUCCGACCCAGGGCCGCGUGUACGGCGACGCGAAGCUGUGGUGCUGGAUCUCUCCCAGCUGGAGUCCAUUUCGCUUCGCUCUAUUCUAUGGUCCCGUGUGGAUCGCUAUUCUCAUCACGUUCUUCAUCUAUGCCCGAGCAGGCAGAGACAUCUAUGCUAAGCGCAAGACGCUCCGCGACUUCAGCUCUGGUAGCGGCCACGAGCCAGACUUCCUCAGCAUGACCGACCCGUUCUCGACCAAGACGACUGAAAUCAUCGUGACGAGCGAGCCAGCCACAGACCAGCACCAGUUCCAGCAUGCCAACCAUAAUGCCAUUCCAACAUGGCGUCAGCGGCUCUCUCUUGUGGGCACGGCCCACACCACAGACGUUUCUUCCGGCCAAGGCCUCAGCCAGCCAGCCGCCACAGAACGCCCAUCCACUUAUUCGAUUACCAUCUCCGCCGACGCCGGCGCAAGCAGCAAGCCCGCAGCGCAGAGACUGGUCAGCACCGACACCGAGUCCCGGUACGGCCGCAAGGACCGCUCUAGAUCAAGAUCCCACAGCACAAGCUCCACGGCCCGCUCCUUCUCCUCGAUCGAAGAACGACACACUGCUCCUCCUCCAACAUCACCACCACCCUACCAGAUCAGUCACCCCACCUCCUCCUCCAUCCCGGGCACGCCGAGCCAUCAGAGGCCCCAGACCGCGUCCGCCGCCCUGGCCAGCGCCUCGGCGCGGCAGCAGCGCAGCCGCACUGCGGCCGUCAUGGCCGCCAACAACGCGGCCUGGUCCUACACCAAGUGCGCUAUGCUCUUCUUCACCGCCAUGAUCAUCACCUGGCUGCCCUCGACGACGAACCGGCUGUACAACCUGGCCAGCGGCGGCAACAGCAGCCCGGCGCUCGAGUACAUGACGGCCAUUGUGCUGCCGAUCCAGGGCUUCUGGAACUGCGUCAUCUACUGCGUGACCUCGCGCGAGGCGGUCCGGCUGUUCUUCCUCAGCGACGUCCCGCUCAUGGGGAGGAUGUUUAGCUGCUGUUGGGGAGGAGGACGGGGAGGUCCAGGUGCGAGUCGCGGCCGGUUUGGAGAUGCCGGUGGCAGGUAUCCCCGGUCGUCGCGACACGGAAGAGCCAUGGACCUGGACCCCGGGCAGGCGAGGGAAGGAGACGAUGGACAAGGUCUGCAACAACAACAACAGCAGCAACAACACCAACAGUGGGAGAUGCUACCGUCGCCCGAUCGGAUACCGCAGAAGAACCAAAGCAAGACGGUGACGACGGGGCAGCGCAGUAGCAAGGCGCUGAUGCUAAAGUCCUUGGUAAAGGGCCAGCCUGGGAGAGCUGAGGAACAGCGUGUAGUUAAAGGGAGUCUCGACAGCGAUGCCACGAGGACUCGCAAGAACUCUGCUACUGAUAGCACCACGGAGCUGCGCCCUUCACAGUAGGGACAUGCUGGGGCCAAGUGGAGGACGCCUGUAAUUAACGAUGUACAACUGCGAACACGAAUUUCUUGUCUUAGGAAGUUUUAAGGACCGUUCCCAGGCCAGAUCAUGUGCCAAGUGACUGGUUGAUGUUUUUUCAACGCAGGUUACAGAUGGUGUAAUUGUUCAGCCUGCAUUGUAAUCUAUGACAUAAUUACAUUACAAAGAUGGUAAAAAGAACUCUCAUGGAACCCGCCG